AUGCAAAACAAGAAAAAUGAUCUUGCCUUUCAAAAAUAGCAUUCAUUACCAAAUUUUAAUCCCAAAUAAUUUCAAUAGGUAUACAUUUCUAUGAUUUGUUAUAGGAGGAAAUAGAUUUAGAAAAUUUAAUCAUAUAAGCAAAAAAAGCAAACAAUACUCUGUUUAUAAAAGAGUACCCCUUGAAUUAAGCAAAAGCCAACUAUUAUAUUGUACGGAUUAAAUUGAAGGGGAAGGAUGAAUAAAAGUUCUUUGAAACAAGUCCAGAAUUAUUAUUUAUAUUAAGAAGAGGCCUCACAAUCUUAAAUCUUAAUAAUAGUUACACAAUUUUAAGAAAAGGAUUGCCAAAAUUUUACGAUUUGUAAAUAAUAUUAUCAAAAUUAGAGGUUACUUUUGGAAAGAUAAAGAGUAAUAAUAAUAAAAUUAGUUUUUAUAUGUCAACUAACUACGCAAUGCAUAUUAAUCAUUGAAACUAAGUAUUCCAGUAACUAUUGUUUAAUAACAAUAAGAAAAUGGAGAAAAUUUCCAAAUAUCCUUUUCUUCAAUUUUAUAAACUUGGGUUAUUUCAUCUAAAAAUGUUUCUAUAUUUUGUAAAAACAAUGAUGAAUACUUGAUUAAUUGUCCCAAUAAGGAUAUUGAUUGUCCAGAAAGAUUACCUUGGUAGAUUGCUGAAAUUUGGUUUUCUGACAUGAGUGAAAAGAAUGUAGAAUAAUUGCAAAAAGAUUUAACAGAUUUCACAUUGGUUGGAGAAUUCGUUCAUAAUCCUUAUUUUGUACAUAUUAUCGAGUAUCAAUAACCGGCCCUAAAGUUUUUUGCAUUAAUAAAUAAUCAUGUAAUUCUCACUAAUUUUUUUAGCAAAGAAACUUCUGCUGUCAUACUCUUUAAGCAGAACAUUUAGCCAAUAAACAUAAUCUUUAAUUUGUUAAAACCAAAUAUAUGCAAGCCAAUACAAAAAUAAUUUUGGAUAAUCAUUUAUAAAGAAUCUAUGAAAAUAUCAAACAAAGUCCUUUGUCAGUAUCUGGAGAGGGAGUGGUUUUGUAUUUGUUUAAUGAAUUUGAAUGCUUGUCUAUUAGCAAAAUAAAAACUAUAGAAUGUAUUUGAUAAAUAUAAGUGAGAUGAAUAGCAUAAAUUAUUUAGAUAAAAAUUGACCACAUUAAUUAAAUAAUAUUAAGAAACUCUAUUGAGUUACGCAGAUGCUUACUAAUAAGAAGCAAACGAUUUGAACUAAUAUGAGGACAGAGAUAUAACUCGAACGAUUGAAAUCAAUACUCAUAUAUUGAUGAGUUUGCAAUAGUAUAAGAAUAUAAUCUAAUAUUUUAGUUAUCUAAUAAAGGUGAAGUAAAAGGAUCUUUAUUAUUAAGAAUAAUUGUACAAAUUGUGUUCUAAAUAUUACAUGUAGUUUUAUAAUCAAAUAGUUGAAUUAACAACAAAAUAAAAUGUGAAAAAUUAUGAAUAGGAUAAUAUCUUUAAAUACUUUGACUAAAAAUACUAAUAUCCUUUGGCUUUGAAAAAAUAAGAGAUGUAACAAAAAUAAGAAAUUAAAAUUGACGACUUUGAAUGA